AUGGACAACUUCGGUUAUCGUGAGAUGGGGUGGCCGUCACCCCUCCAGACGCCGUCUCAGACGCCGCGAUCAAGACUAACAAACAGUUUCAGCUCGCGAAACAGAGAUCCAGAAGAAUUUCCACUUAGAAGCUCCUUCAGACAUGUGCGUAGCAUUGAUACACUCGAGGCAGCCAACGAACCAGGAAAGGCAAAAGAAUACUUAUUCGUUGGACCCUCACCACCAGCUGAAGAUGCUCCGAAUAUGUACCAUAGCUUUGAUAUGCAGGCUCCAGAUCCAGAAGCCAGGUUGACGGAGGAUUCAGUGCGUCGAGCGUUAUGCGAAAAAGCUUUAUCUCUUGGAGCAGGGAGAUUUUUUGAUGACCUCGAGUGUGGAUUGAUUACAGCAGAUAAUAUUGAAGAACAUAUUUCAUCAGCGCCGGAAAUUGUUGUUAAUUUAACGUUAUUAUGGGCCGCAUUUUUAACACGUGAAGAGUUAUUACCUACUAUUAUUGAAGCUGGUGCUGAUGUUCAUUAUUCGGAUCCAAUUGGUUUGACAGCGCUACAUAUCGCCGCUUUUAGUGGCGCCGGGCGAGCUGUUGCGUAUUUACUGUCCAUCGGUACCGAUAUUGAUUAUGCCCCUAAAUACUUUGCACCUCUACAUUGUGCUGCAUUUGGAAACUCAUUGGAAGUAGCAGAAUACUUAAUCGCGAACGGAGCGUCUUUACAUGCUGUAGUUCAACGAGCUGGUUGUGAGGAUAACCUGGUCCACUGUGCUGUUCGAAAUGAUGCUUUAGAGUGUAUGGAACUAUUUAUAGAGAAAGGAGUUGACCCAGGAUAUAUAACUUCUGGGGGACUAAAUGCUUUACAUUUAGCUGCUGAAUUGGGAUCUCAAAGGUGUCUUGCAUUUCUAUUGAAAGCAACGAAAUUAAGUGUUAAUGGUGUCACUAAGCAAAGGGAUAAAGAAUGUACAGCAUUACAUCUAUCAGCAUCAAGAGGUUACACGGAAUGUGUUGAACUUUUACUCUCAGAAGGAGCUAAAGCUAAUGCAAAAAAUUACAGAGGGUUUACUGCUUCACAUCUCGCUGCAAGGUGUUCAUCAAUGGAAUGUGUUGAAGUUCUUUUAAGAGAUGGAAACGCAGAUCCAAACGCUGAAGAUUACGAUAAACGAACUCCAUUACACGCUGCUAUAUCGAAAUCUGAACGUUCGUGUGAUAUAAUAGAACUGCUAGUAAGUUGGGGUGCACAAGUAAAUAUAAAAGAUGAAUAUGGAUAUUCACCAAUACAUCUAGCCGCAAUUGAGGGAUUAACAAGUUGUGUGGAAACAUUAAUAAUAUUAGGAGCCGACGUCACAUCCAAAUCAAAAAAAGGUCAUACAGCACUUAGUGUUAUAGUACGUAAAACACCAAAAUCUGUAGCAAUUUUAAGACACAAUCUUGAUAGUGGCAUCACCCUUAGUACGUCAACUGAAGCUAAUGAAGAAGUUCAGAUUGAAUUCGAUUUUGGGAAGCUGUUAAAAUAUUCGUAUCCGCGUGAAAUUACUUAUUUAAAUAGUUUGAUUGAUGAAGGACAAAAAGAUAUUUUACAACACCCGUUAUGUUUAGCAUUUCUAUUCAUGAAGUGGAAAAAGAUAAGAAAAUUCUAUUUAGCUAGGCUAAUAUUUAGUUUCCUCUUUGUUGUGUUCCUGUCAAUCUACGUGUUGACGGCCGUUGUAAAGACCUGUCACGGUAAAUAUGCCAAGAAGUACGAUGUGCCUAACGAAUUAUGCCAAAGACAAUCUUUACUUGGAGAUAUUUUAGAAGAUAAUCCCAUAGAAUUAGAGAGAUGGGUUUUGUUAGCAAUAACUAUUUUUGAAAUAGUCAGGAAAUUAACAGGCAUCACCGGCUAUUCUAGUAUUUAUCAAUAUUUUACAACAUUCGAAAAUCUAUUAGAAUGGUUCGUUUUACUUUCCGUAUUCUUGCUGUACGAUAUAGAACAUGAUUACGGCUGGCAAAAUCACGUAGAAGGCUAUGCUGUUUUAGGAGCUUGGACAAAUUUGAUGUUGAUGAUGGGUCAACUACCUAUGUUCGGCGACUAUGUGGCUAUGUAUCAAAAAGUUUUGACAGAAUUCUUAAAGCUAUUAUUAGCGUACAUUUGUCUGUUGUUGGGAUUUGCUAUAUGUUUCUUAGUUGUGUUUCCCAACGAAGAAAUGUUUUCAAACCCUUUAAUGGGUUUUAUCAGUACACUGUCAAUGAUGGUUGGUGAACUUAACUUGAACAUUUUGAUAAACGAUCCCUUCUUAGAAGAUCCACCUCUAAUUUUCGAACUGUCAUCUCAGUUUAUUUUCAUUUUAUUUCUUAUGUUUGUGACUAUAAUACUUAUGAAUCUAUUAGUUGGUAUUGCAGUUCACGAUAUUCAAGGAUUACGAAAAACAGCAGGGCUCUCAAAACUAGUGAGACAAACUAAACUUAUAUUAUUUGUUGAGAUGGGAAUGUUUAGUUCAUUACUACCCGCAUGUCUCCAUAAAUACAUUUACAGAACAGCAUUAGUUUCUCCAGAAGCAGGAAAAGUAAUUUUAAGUGUAAAGCCAUUGAAUCCUCGCGAAAAACGAUUGCCGACUGAUAUCAUGAUGGCAGCUUACGAACUAGCACAACUGAAUAAACUCAAAUCAGGACGUUCAGUAAAAGAAGUUUUGUAUAAGAACAAGUACCACUCUAAAUAUAAACAAGACGGGCAAACGGACCAUCAGUUUAAUAUAGAAAUACGUGGAAUGCAAGAGAAAAUCGAUCAAACGACAUUCAAUCUAAAGAAAAUUGAUCAAGAGAUGAGACACUUGAAUACACUGCUGAUGGAACAGCAGCAUUUACUCCAGAAUUUGUUUAAAAUGACGGAUAGGUCUUAUCUAAAUUCCACGCAGUUUAAUCCAGACUCACCUGUAUUCUUUCAGGGCUCUAACGUGUCGGACGUUACAUCUACCAAAUAA